AUGGCCACCUUGAGAAAUCUGAUAGAGAAGAUCAAGAUCAGGAUGAUACAUCAAGAGAGUUUUUGUCUGUGUGCUUGUUAUCGCUCAGGAUGGUAUUAUCUCGGUCCGAAAACUGAAGUUGGGGACGUAAAUGAUGUCAGUCCAGCUGGAACAAGCGGAAGGAAGGGCCGCGUAACGUACAUGCCUAUGGAGCAACCGUGGAGCGCAGUGCCUGACUGCCAAGCUACUGCCAGAACAGCUUCAAUUCUUUCGGGUGAUCGGUCAUCUGUUCGCUCUGGGGUUCACUGGGGUUCAUUAAUAGAUUCCAAGUCCCAUGAUGGACAAGUUAACGGUAUCGGUUUUAGCUGGAUCAAAGGAACAGGAUGGGACGACGGUACCGACGUGUUAUUGGAGCUUAUUCCCCUGCGAAAUGAACCGACGAUGAUAAACGUACGCCGCAAGGAUGGAGAAUCACGAAUUCCAAUGCCUUUUAAAUCAAGAGUAACGAUAUCCCAGCUUUUUAGCCACCGUACUCCAUUCAAGGAGAUAACCACGCGAAUGCUUCGCGAAGAAAGUGUUACACCAUCGGGAGCAGAUUUCAGCAUCGCGGCUAUGCUUCUUAAUGCCGACGGCAUGCAAGCGCGUUCGCGUCAGACUCGCUAUGACAGCGCAGCGAAACGCCGGCUGGUAAACGAGCCUAAAGUUCCAAACCACCCUCUCCUCGCCAACUUCUUCGUCCACGAUCCUGGAAGGCAUCUAGGCCCCCAGAAGCUCCCGCCAAACUUUGUCCGGCAAAAAUCCCAAAAUCGGACCUCAAAUAUGCAACUUUUGUGGCUCAAAGUACGCUACUCGGACAAAGUCGCUUCGGGCCUCCCGGGCCCGGGCCCACACGGAACCGGCCGCCUGAAUCUGCUAUAUCCGCGGACUUCGCCGUCUAGCACUGAAGACUGAUUUUACCUGUUUUCGACAUGACUACAAAUUUUCG